UAAACGAUCCUCCCGCCGACUAGUAGACAGCUUCUCGCAAUGUUCUCCGUUCCUUUAACGAUCGAACUGCCUUCGAUCCUCUUCGUGGUUCUCCAACCAAAAAAAGUAUUCCCUUAUAUACUACCCUGUCUCGUUCUCCAUUCCAUUAAGUAUUGGCAUUGGACACAGCUCGAUCUUCCUCGCGGUACUCGCCGCCUUCCUCCAGGCUCCAUCGACGUCGUAACCUUCGAUCGUUUACUCGAUUCUUAAGUCCACAGCUAUCUGCCGUGUCACUCUACUCACUCGACGUACGAAUCUGUGCUUGAAGAUCCGAAGAGGAACGGCGUUUCAAGUUCGCGAUGUAUCUCAUACGCGACAGGAGUCGUGUCAACGAACGCACUGUAUCAUCUUGUUUGACCCUCCGGCUCCGACUGCUAUCGUGGCACCAUUCUUUCUUUUUCUUUAAUUUCCUUGUGACCUUGUCACCUUACAGGUUUUUUGUGCCAGCGAAGUGGAAUACAUUUGGGAUCGUACCCCCCGUCCAUAGGUCGAGAGAGCUGUCCCGUGCUCUUCGUCUCUCUCGCUCUCGUCCCUUCGUCUCGUCCUCCUCUAGGUUAGCCAGUGAAUCAUCUUCAACGACCCCCUCCUCUGGGAUCCGGGCAGAAGACUCUUAAGGGGGCCCACAGCGCAGCGCGAGGCCAGUCCGAGAACGCGACCCUAACACUUACAUCCGGUGUAUUCCGAGAGUCGGAAAUCGGAAACGGAAACGGAAACGACUGCUUGAUCGAUUAAUCGACACACGGCACACCAUUAUGAAGAUCACCUUGUUGCUGCUCGUCGUCGCUGCUUUCGCCUCAGCUCAAAGGAUCACAACGAUCCAGCUUGAUGGCGUGCAAUACUUCGUGUCGAGGAUGAAUCCGUACAGUCCCGAACUGAACUACUUCCUGGCCUAUCAGUACUGUCGGUCCCUAGGCCUUCAAUUAGCCUCCUUCGAGACGAAGGAAAAGGCCGACACGAUGACGCAGUACCUGAAGAACGCCGGCUACGUGAAGUACGACUUCUGGACAUCCGGCAACAAGUUGGGCACGGACAUGUUCCUCUGGAUGAGCACGGGUCUACCGUUCAACGCCACAUUUGACUAUAUGUUGAGACGACCUGGCAACAGACCUGCGGACGUUCCGCCAGGCACCGAACCUCAACGAGUAGCACGGGAAAGCGGUGACAGUGGCAGCGCGGACGGAUGUGUCGCGAUGGUAGCGCCUACGUUAGCGUGGGAGGCUCAGGACUGCACGUUGGUCAAGGAUUUCAUCUGCGAGCAAACGAGAUGCUACUACUACAACUACGGCAGCAUUCCAGUCUCUGCGACUCAGGGAAACCGGAGACCCUACAUAACAACCACCACGGCGCCAGCAGCCAGCGAUGACCAGGUCGACGAGGAACACAACGAGGAAAGCAACGCCGGCAAAAACGACGAACAAGAUAGCAGCGGCAUAGACGAGAACGCAACACCAGAAGAGGAUAGUUCCGUCGACGAUAAGUCACCUGAAGACCCGGUCGUCAGCAGGCUGAUUACCACGGCCGUUCCCGCGUCUGAUAACAAACAGUCAGCUGUAACACCGUCCGCGUCGUCUCCGGUGAUCAACGAGGAACACGAGGAACAACAACCGACAGAGUUGGACAACAGCAGACCGGAUCAUCUUCCGGACAUCACGAGCCUCUUCACCGACAGUCCCGCGCCCCAGGCGAGGAAGGACAACGUGUUCGAGGGUUUGCAAACCCGAGCAGUUCAUCGUUCCUCCCUGCGCUCGGCAUCGGACAUGAAGGUCGAGCAUCGAGAAACACCGGAUUAUUUCGAGGCUCGCGGUGAAACCGAAUCGCCUAAUAACGGACUUGAAGACGCUCACACGGUCGGUCCUUACGACACCCCUCAGGAUUAUUACGACCGUUUAGUGAACGAUCAAGCGGAGACGGGCGAAUCGUCUAUGAUGAAGGAUCAGGACAACGACAGCAGCACGAUCCUGCCAGAAGCGGAACCGGCCUACAGGUACAACAUCAAAGUGCGCACCAACGGCAAAGUAUUAGAUCCUCCGUCCAAGUAACGCUUUAACUAUUUACAUUAGGCAUCGUCGCGUUCUAUACUAUAUAUUUCGUUGAUAGGCGAAGAGCGUGGGAGUUUCUCGAGGUACAGUCAGGUUGUACGGUGAAUUGAAUUUCGUCGUUCCAAAGGAGAGGAUAUUGAAUUUCGUAUGAAAUCUGUCCGACUAAUAUUUUCUAUUACCUUCUGUAUAUACACGUCCAUUGUUUCGAUGAGUUUUUGUACCUAAUAUUCUUGUAACGAGAAGCUUAGCAUUAACGAAAGACGAGGAAACUUACCGUACAACCUGGCAAAUAUAUUUUAUGUUAAUGUCACGUGUAAUACCGCGAAAGCAUCAAACGCGCAAGCGCGAGUAAUUGUAUUACAAGCUCGGGGAUGGAGAUAUUUGUUUUAAAUCCAUCUUUCAUUCAUUCGUUCCAAUUUCCAUUUGAAAUUCCCGAGCUAAUGUUUGUCGGAUUCCUUAACGAUCGCCGGGGUUGUUCAGUCGUCGGAAAAUAUAAUAGUAAAUCAAGUGUGAUCUAAGAUUGGAAAUAUAGAUUUGGAAACGAUCGGAGAAGGUUCUUUUUCCGACGUCAAUCUCCGACGAUAGCCGACGUCGUUCUCGCAAGGGUAUUCAACUGGAUCAUAUUCGAUUCGACCUCCUUAAUCUCAUCGGUGGCACCGGCGGACGCAAUAUCGCAUCCACAAUUUUUUUUUUCUUUAUCUUUGUUUAUCAUUUAACACUAUUUUUCUCUUGUAGAUGCUAGAUGACAAUAACAUAUAUACAAAUGAGUAUACAUACACACGCACACAGAUACACGAAUGUGAGGACUCGUCUGCGUAGGAUCUCAGGCAUUAUGCACGAUAAACUAUUACUUUAUCUCAUUAAUUGUUUCUUGUUUAUAAGGAUAACAUUUGAAUCAUCAUCAUCAUCGUCAUCGGUGUAGGGUUGGGAGUCCGCCAGUGCCACGAAACAUUUCAUGCAUUAUCGAUGUAAUAAUCAUCCGUAGUUAACGUAAUUAUCUCGCACGUACGUCCGCAAGAUGAAACGUUUCGUAGCUCAAUCGAUUCGAUCUCGAUUCUUAAUGCUGUCGAUUCGAACACCUCACUCGAUACAGUUCGAUUACAAUCAGAGAAUUUAGGAUAGUCGAACACUAAGUUGUCUGACGAUGAAGAUUACGUGAAUCGCAACGUUUCGGUCAUCCAGACGUACGACAAUCGACAUACGCGUAUCACGAAAUGAUUAUCUGAUUGGUUGGUUGAAAAUCAUAGUGAUGCAAGUCGAAGAAAUUUAGUAGAUCGAUAUCAAAGGUUGAAGCAUUUGGAGGAAUUGAACUGAUGGAUUGUUUCAUUUAAUUAUGAAACUAAAACGAUUAAUGCAUAACUAUGAUUAUCAACCUUUCGAUCGCCACGAUAAAUUCAACGACGAUUCAUGGAUCAUGAAUAUCAUUUUACGUAUCACAGCGUGAAUGUGCAACUUGUGUAAUUGAAUAUUAAUAAAUGUACGAAAUAGAA